AUGAAAAGAACGCGCCGGAAAACAUCGUUAAAGGAUGAAACGAAAGGCAGUCGCCUGCUGUCGCUCCCGGACGACCUCCUUCUGCUGCUUCUCGCCCGGGUGAACCACCCCUGCGAUCGCUGCAGCGUCGCUCUCUCCUGCUCCCGCCUCCGCCGCACGCCCCACUCGCUCAACCUCUUCUUCGUCUCUCCUUAUCAGUAUCGCAACGUGCGCACCUUUCUCAAAGAUUUCGACGAUUUUUCGAGGGUAUUUACCCAUAUCAUCUCACUGAGCGUGGAGGUUUGCUCGAUACGGGGAAGUGAGCUGCUGGCACGUGUCGGUGCGAGCUGCCCGAAACUGGAAAAGUUGAAGCUCGUGGCGAAAUGGGGGGACUUCCACAUGAACGCUGCUGCGUGGACGAAGCUCGCCAAGCAAUGCCGCUCGUACUUUAUUUCUCUUGUUCCUCUCCUCUUCCCUCCUGCUUUCCCCCUUCCGCUUUUCCCGUCCCAUUUUCUCUUCCCCUUCCCUCUUUCCCCUUCCCUCCUUCCCCUGGUCUACCUCGCAUGCCCUCUCCUCCCACCUGGCAGCCUCGUGACAUCGCUGGAGCUCGACUCGCCAUUCGCCCGGAGCCCCAUCAUCUACCGACAUUCCACUGGCACCGCCCUCCCUCCCAUCCACGCCUUCCCCGCUCUUCACUCCUUCGCUCUCCUCAUCACUGCCUCGAAACUAAACCCCCUCAACCGCUGCUCCUCCCUCACCUCCCUCACACUCUGGAACCCCCUACCCUCCACCCUCUCCUCCCUCGCCUCCUCCUCCUCCUCUGUCCGCGCCUCCCUCAAGUACCUCACCCUCCACUCCGCCAAGCUCGUGUCCUACCUCUCGCCCCUCGCAUACUUCCCCGCCCUCGCCUCUCUUUCCUUCCUCGCCUGCACCGUCGACCCUUUCGAGCUGCAUGCCCUCGCUCGCUCCCUACACACGCUCACCCACCUCACUAUUCACGACUGCCCCUUGGUCUCCAGCCACGCCCUCGCAGCGCUGGUUGAAGCCAACCCGGCUCUCGCCUCCCUCGCCCUCCACGGCACCACCUACCGCCUCUUCAGCGCCCCGCCCUUCCGCUCUCUCCUCCUCCUCUCCUCGCCCCGCCUGCACACGCCCGACCUCUCAGGGCUGCCGUCCUUCCGCCCUGGCAUGCUGGCCCCUUGCAGUGGCCUGCACUCCCUUGCGCUGACAGGAAUGCCCGAGGAACUUGCAGCGCCGGGGACCAUGAUGCAUCAACACGUGUCAUUUGAGAGUUUCGUGGGCCUGCUGGUGCGCGUGGUGCAGAGGGGAGGAGAGGGAGGGGAGGCUGGAUGGGACGUAGAAAGGGAUGGAGGGGUGGUUGGGGAGGCGGGUAGAUGGGAGGAGUGUGAAGCAGAAGAGGUUGGCAGGGGGGAGGGAGCGAGUGAAGCUACAAUGACUGCUGAUGCCGCACUAGCAAGAGUAGGAGCAGCAGGGCCUGCGGCAGAAGCACGAGCAGUUAACCCUCGAAGUGGAGAAAGGCGAGUACAUGUGGACGUUCGAACGGCGGCAGCAGCAGCCCGAGCAGACCUGAUAGAGUCAAGUGGAGACGUGGUCGCUCUCUUGGAUAUGGCCCAGGAUUGCCACAUAGCCGUGCCUUCUGCUGCUCACUGGGCUCGCCUGGCACGGGCACAGCGCCGAGAUGACGUGUCGGAGUUCAAAUACGCCACUGGUAAGAUCAGGGCGGGCAUCUCAACGUGGCGGGCGCUGCGAGUGGCAGCGUCGCAGAAAAUCGCUGCGACAGAGCGGGAGGAUGCACUGAGUGAGGCGUUUGCUGCUGCCACGACUGCGGGCGUGCUUGUUGACACGUGGAGCAGGGUAGGCGAGGGCGAAGGGGGGUCGGCUCGUUUGGAGGACUUUGAUGGGAUGGUGCUGGACCAUGACUUUGAUGGGAUGGUGCUGGACCAUGACUUUGAUGGGAUGGUGCUGGACCAUGACUUUGAUGGGAUGGUGCUGGACCAUGACUUUGAUGGGAUGGUGCUGGACCAUGAAUUUGAUGGGAUGGUGCUGGACCAUGACUUUGAUGGGAUGGUGCUGGACCAUUACUUUGAUGGGAUGGUGCUGGACCAUGACUUGCCUGCUAACGGUGCUGAUGGGGUUGAAGGGAGUGAGGAUGAGGAGGCCUUUCACUUCAUCUGCACUCCCAAGCCUACCUGGCCGCCUCCAUCCCUUCCCUCUGAAUCGCCUCUCAUGUGCCUCUCUUCCGCUCCUGCAUCCCUUCCCUCUUCCUCUUCUUCCUCUUCCCGCCCCACUUCUCGUGUCUCUCCCGCUGCCAUGUCAAGCCCAAGCUCUCAGCCGCAGUCCUUUGAGUCCGUUGCACUUGCUGCUGCUUUUGGGCGGCUGAAGCGCCUCACACUGGUGUCGUGCUUCGGGCUGAAGGAGGAGCAGUUGGUGCUGCUGCUGCGUUCUUGCCGCGUGCUGGUGGCCCUAACCAUGGAACGCACUGCGGGCGGAAGUUUCGUCCCUGCUGCUCUCAAAGAAGCCCAACCCCCCCUCCCUUCCCCCUUUUUUCCGCCCGCAAACCUUUCCCCCCGCACGCGCACCCCGUCUUCCCCAGCGUCUCAGCGACCUUAUGGAGCUGAAGGGGCAAGCUUCUUCGAAGACGCCUCUCCAACCUAUUCCCCCACUUCUUCCCCCCCCCACCCCCCUUUCGGUCUCUCUCGGCCCCAGCGCCGCAGCGACCUCAUGGAGCUGAGGGCGGAAGUGCUGUCGCUGCUGCGCCUGCAGGAGGGGGAGGGGGAACGGGGGGGGAAAGAACAGGGGGCAGGGGAGCGGGAAGGGGGGGAAUGCGGAGCAGGCAGCGCGGAUGGGGAGCGGGAGGAGCUGGCGUUCGUACGGUUGUACGAGGUGGUGGUUGAAACGGGGACGGCGUUACAUCUCAUCCUGGAAUACUGCCAGGGUGGCGAUCUGCAGUUGCUGCUGGCAGUGCACGCCAUGCAUCGCAUGGGCAUAGUGCACCGCGACCUCAAGCCAGAGAACAUACUCCUUAGUAGCGGCCCCGGUGCUUGUAGAGGCCGUUGCACUGUAGCUGAGUGCAACUGCAGUGAAGAUGGGGGUAGUGAUGCCAGCGUUGACACAUCCUCUCCCUUCCUCCCGCUUCCCUCACCACCUCCCUCCCCUGCUCUCCCUCCAUCAUCUCCCUCCCCUGCUCUCCCUCCAUCAUCUCCCUCCCCUGCUCUCCCUCCAUCAUCUCCCUCCCCUGCUCUCCCUCCAUCAUCUCCCUCCCCUGCUCUCCCUCCAUCAUCUCCUUUCCACCUCUCACGAAACUCCCACCCACCACCCCCCUCUCUCGCCUCCCAUCCCUCCUCCCCCUGUCUUUCUCUUCCACCCUCUUCCCCCACCGCUUCCCUUUCUCCUCUUGCACCUCCUCCACCUCCUUUUCCUCCUCUCUGCUCGUCCCCUCCUCCCUCUCCGGUCACCACGGCAGCCAGCCCCCCUGUGUGUCCCUGCACGGCAAUGAGAGUCAACGUGGCUGAUUUCGGUCUGGCAGCAACGCCCUCUUCUCCCACCACUACUCCUCCUCGUACCAUCACGGCAACCAGCCCCCCUCCCUGUCCCUGCACGGGCAUUCAAGUCAAGGUGGCGGAUUUCGGGCUGGCAGCGACGCUGUCGCGCGGGCAGACAGCGGCGUGUGGGGUGGUGGGCUCGCCCUUGUACAUGGCGCCUGAGAUCAUCCGCGGGAGGCCCUAUGCGGGGGAGGUCGACAUGUGGAGCCUCGGCUGCGUUCUCUACACCUGCCUGUCGGGUACUGUGCCUUUUCACGGGAGGACUCACCAUGAGGUUUUCGCUUCGGUGUUAGGUUCGGCGCCGGACUUGAAAGGCGAGAGCCGCAGUGCCGAUGCUGCUGGCAGGCUAGCUGUGCAGGAGAAGGUGGGUGAGAGUGCAAGCAGGAGUGAGAGUUCACCAGAGGUGGAGCAGGUGCACAGGCUGACCACGGGGUGUAGCAGUGGGACAAGUGUCAGCGCUACGGCGCGUCACGUUUCCUUGCCUUUCAACCCAGAGCCACCGGAACAGAGCACACGCCAUAGUGAGGCAGCCGUGAGAGGGGAGGUCGAAGGACAGGAAGCGUGCUGGGAAGCAACAGUGCAGGAUUUCAUUAGAGAGGUGCACGUGGUUAAGGCAUGUGUGAAAAGCCACGGAGUGGAAGGCGAGGUUGGGCAGCAUGAGGUGGGGCAUGAGGUGGGUUGUCCUGAUUGCCACCCAAGCAGUCCCAACAGUCUCUGCAAAAGCAGCCAUGCUGAUGCGUGCUGUCAGAGCAGCAGUGCCGGUGCUGCUGGCAGGCUAGCUACUCAGGAGAUGGUGCGUGGGAGUGAAUGCAGGCGCGAGGAAACAGGAGAAGAGGGGAAAAUGGCUGGGCUGACCAGGGGGAGUGGGAGUGGGAGCAGGAGGAGAAGCAUUGGCACUGAGGCGAGUCACACUCACACCUCCUCGCCUUUCAAUCCAAACCUACAGGAAGAGAGCAGACGUGGGACUCACCGUAGAGGUGGAGAGGAGGUGGAGGGUAAGGAGGCGUGUUUGAAAGCAUCAGUGCAUGAAUGUGCUGCGCAGCGGUGCAGUGAGGCUGCAGAGGUAGACAUCUGCUCUCCAGGUGGUGCUUGGGGUGCUGGCUGCUGUGGGAGUAUCGGUCCCACUGACUCACCACUGACUGUAGCACCACUGACUGGAGCACCACUGACUGUAGUCCCACUGACUGUAGCACCACUGACUGUAGCACCACUGACUGUAGCACCACUGACUGGAGCACCACUGACUGUAGCACCACUGACUGUCACACCACUGACUGUAGCACCACUGACUGUAGCAGUGGUUGCAGUGGGGUUGGUGAGACUACAUUGA